GUACACGUUAACAACUUGAGCUUUAAAUUCUUGCCGUAACGUUUGUUGUGUUGUGUUUUUGUCACUUAACGACGGCGUAUCGAUCGAGAUCUCGACGGUGGCUCUCGAUUCGCCACCGUCUAAUAUCUCUCCCUCUCCACAUCGGACGACGACGUUCCGAGAUUUGACAUCUCCCUGUAAUAACAGUUAGUAACCUGAAGUGACAAUUAAGGCAAUUUGAAACAGUUCUUCCUGAACUAAAGAAGAAUCAGAAAGAUAUGGAUCUCAACCAUUGGUAUAAGGAGCUAACAUAUGAUGAGUGGGUACCAAUCCCUGUAUCUGGUGCACGUUCACCUCCUCGCUACAAGCAUGCUGCAGCAGUAGUUGAUGAAAAAUUAUACAUUGCUGGUGGGAGUCGUAAUGGUCGGCACUUAUCUGAUAUUCAGGUUUUUGACCUCAGAAGUUUGACAUGGUCUUCUCUGAAACUAAAAGCAAAUGCUGGAAAAGAUGAUGUCAGUAGCUCACAGGAGAGUCUUCCAGCCACAUCUGGUCACAAUAUGAUUAGGUGGGGAGAGAAAGUACUUCUUCUUGGUGGCAAUUCAAAGGAUUCUUCUGAUAAAUUAACAGUUCGGUACAUUGACGUCAAAACAUGCCAGUUUGGAGUUAUUAAGACUUCUGGAAGUGUUCCAAUAGCUCGUAUGGGACAGUCUGCAACACUGUUUGGUUCUAGAGUGAUAUUGUUUGGUGGAGAAGACAUGAGCAGGAAGCUGUUGAAUGAUGUCCAUGUUCUCGAUUUGGAAAAUAUGACUUGGGAUAUGAUAAAUACUUCGCAGACGCCUCCGGCUCCUAGAUAUGAUCAUGCAGCUGCUAUGCAAGGAGAGCGAUACCUUCUGAUUUUUGGGGGUUGCUCUCAUUCUGUCUUCUUCAAUGAUCUUCACUUAUUAGACAUGCAAACAAUGGAGUGGUCCCAACCACAAACUCAAGGUGAUUUAGUAUCUCCCAGGGCUGGACAUGCUGGUAUCACUAUUGAUGAAAGCUGGUUCAUAAUUGGUGGUGGAGAUAAUAGAAGUGGUUGCCCUGAAACCCUGGUAUUAAACAUGUCUAAGCUUGUUUGGUCUGUGUUGACUGUUGUGAAGCAAAAAGAUCCACUUUCUAGUGAGGGUCUUAGUGUCUGCUCAGCAUCGAUUGAUGGAGAAAAAUAUUUGUUAGCUUUUGGUGGCUACAAUGGGAGAUAUAGCAAUGAGGUUUUUGUUAUGAAACCCAAGGCAAAGGACUCCGUACGUCCCAAGAUUUUCCAAUCACCAGCGGCUGCCGCAGCCGCAGCUUCUGUUAGUUCUGCGUAUGCUUUGUCUAAAUCUGAGAAGUUGGAUUUCACGCAACUAGAUGAUAUAAAUUCUAAGUCAUCUGUAAAUGGUCAUCCUCUGGAUGAUGCCACGGUUAAAAUUGAGGCCAUUAAAGAAGAAAAACGGUUAUUGGAAUUGUCAAUUGCAGAAGUCAGGGCCAAGAAUUCUAAGCUCGGAGGUGAGAUAGACGAAGUAAAUAGUACUCAUGCUGAGUUGACCAAGGAGCUCCAGUCAGUCCAGGGACAGCUUGUGGCUGAGAGAUCAAGAUGCUUUAACCUGGAGGCUAAAAUUGCGGAGCUGCAGAAGUUGCUGGAAUCAAUGCAGUCUGUGGAAGAUCAGGUACAAGCUCUUCGUAAAAAGAAGUCUGAUCUGGACCAGGAGAUGGAGCUCGCUGCAACUGCUCAGAGGCAGAGUUCUGGUGGUGUUUGGCGAUGGUUUGCAGGGAGUGAGGCAUGAAAAUUAUGUGGGCAAUGCCAACUAAAAGUGAUUUGGGAGUUGAGUCUGAGGAACCUCAACUUUCUUACAAGCAGCAGAAUUGUAUUGUGUUCUUUUAAUUCAUGCAGAAGAUGGCAUUUCCUUGUUACAGAACUUUUGCUGUGUUAUCUUUUGUGUUGAAAUGCAUUAUGUAUAAGAAUGUUGAACUCCAAUUUUGAAGGACUGAAACUUUCAAGAGAUGGGUACAUAAGCUUUUUGUAUUUGUAAUGCGUAAUUGUCUGAUUCAUUUGAUGUUCAUGUUUCCAUUAAAUU